AUGGCCUGGAGGGCGGGCCCCGGGCCUGGGAAGCUGGAAGCCCUGGUCAUUCUGCUCUUUCUUGGAUUAUUCCAGUCUGGAAUGCGAGCUGCCGGGGCUGAAGCCCUCUGUGGUUUGGCCUUCCAAGCACGCAUCACAGGCGGGAGCAACGCAAACUCUGGCCAGUGGCCCUGGCAGGUCAGCAUCAUCUACGGUGGUGUCCAUGUGUGCGGCGGUUCUCUCGUGUCUGAGCAGUGGGUGCUGUCAGCUGCUCACUGCUUCCCCAGCGAGCACCUUAUGCAAGACUACGAGGUCAAGCUAGGGGUCUACCAGCUGGACUCCUACAGCAACGCCACUGAGGUCCGCGGUGUGGCACAGGUCAUCUCCCACCCCAGCUACCGCGAGGAGGGCUCCCAGGGUGACAUCGCACUGGUCCGCCUCAGCACACCGGUCAGCUUCUCCCGCAACAUCCAGCCCGUCUGCCUCCCUGCAGCCAAUGCCUCCUUCCCCAACGGCCUCCACUGCACCGUCACUGGCUGGGGCCACGUGGCCCCCUCAGUGAGCCUCCAGAGCCCCAGGCCGCUGCAGCAGCUGGAGGUGCCGCUGAUCAGCCGUGAGACGUGCAACUGCCUUUACAACAUCAACGCCAAGCCUGAGGAGCCCCACUUCAUCGAGGAGGACAUGCUGUGUGCGGGCUACGUGACGGGGGGCAAGGAUGCCUGUCAGGGUGACUCUGGGGGCCCGCUCUCCUGCCCUGUGGAGGGCCUCUGGUACCUGGCGGGCAUCGUGAGCUGGGGCGAUGCGUGUGGGGCCCCCAACAGGCCUGGGGUGUACACUCUGACCUCCAGCUAUGCCUCCUGGAUCCACCACCAUGUGGCAGAACUCCAGCCUCGCGUGGUGCCUGAAACCCAGGAGUCCCAGCCUGACAGUGAGCUCUGUAACCACAACCUGACCUUCAGCUCUGCCCCAGGACAAGGGGGGCUGGGGCUCAGCCUCCUGCUGCCACUGGGCCUCACCCUGGGCCUCUUCUGCCCAUGGCACAAGCCCUGAGCUACUCACCCUGGAAGCUGCUCCUGCUUUGACA